AUGUCUCUAUUCAAUUUUUUCACUUGCUGCAUUCCUUCUCGACCACCAAUACAAGAACAUGCUGUCAUAUUAAAGAUGCCUGAUGUAGUCACCAAGGAAAUAUUGAAAAACCUGGAUUUCGCUUCAAUUCGAAAGCUUCGAAAAGUGUGCCGCGCGUUCCGUGACUUUAUCGAUUGUGUAAAACCAGACAGUAACUUGGAAUCGAUCAACCUAGAAGUGAGAGCGGAUAUAAUUUUUACAUCAUUUUCAACACUCUCACAAUCAACUGAAGAUAUCGAGUUCUUUUACAAGGAAGAGGAUAUGUUUAAUGGAAAGAAUAUAUGUUUAAUGGAAAGAGGUUUUUUCCGGCAUGCUACAUUCGAGAAUAAUUGCGCCGAUUUAUGUGUUGAUGACUUCCUUCGGCCUGCAUUAAAACACCAAAAAUCGCUAAUGGACGAGCUACGUGUGAUAAAACAUUUGGAGUUCGAUGAAAACCGUCAACCUUUUCCACAAAAUCCCGGGAAGUUUGUUGUGCCAACUUUCGAAAAGUUAUUUGAUGGUUUGAUCAAUGUUUUGGAGUCAAGGGAUCGCUUACUUCAAGUGGAAUCUCUGCUGAUUUCGGUACAUGGACAAGAUCAACUGAUGCAGCUGCUUCGUCAUGUGGAUUUGAAAGUGUUACAAUGUCUGAAAGUGUACAGACUGUUAGAAACAGAACAAUUUUGGGAAUAUGGUGAAGAUAACAGCGAGUUCGUUCUGGAUCUUGACAUACUGAAAGACUGUGAAAAUCUGGAAAUCCUUAUUGUGAGACGUUUCUCCGUAUGCUCUCAACUCCGGAUGCUCACUCAUAUUCCAAGCAUGAAACUUAUCAUGCAAACGAUCUACUAUGCAGAUGUAUUACGUGUCAUACAGACCAUGGAGAAAUCUGACAUCUAUGCUCGCUCGGAAAUUCGUUUUGAACAAUUUCCCGACAAAUCUCGUUUUUUGGAAGCUAUUGGAUUGGUGGAAGAUGGCAGUGUAGAAUUGGUUCAUGUUUUCCCCAGUAAACUCGUUUUAGCAUACUAUCCUGCCUUGAAAUGUAUGGGCUUUAAGUGGAAGCACCGUUCAUAG